AUGUCACGACUAGAGUCUGAUAUUGAUUGCAAUGGAAUGCAGAAUUUAAGUGACUCUAAAAAUAUUAAUUUAGACAAUUUUAGAAAGCUAGUCAAAUCUUAUAUUGAUGCGCACCUGUACAGUGCAGCAUUAUUUUGGGCUGACAAGGUGGUUUCUUUGGGCAACGAGGAACCCAGGGAUAUCUGUACCCUUGGACAAUGUAUGUAUUUGAUGAAACAAUAUCACAGAGCUGCUCAUUUAAUUAAAAGUCGAGGCUUGGAAAAGACAGAUCCUAUGUGUCAUUAUUUGACAAUUAGAAGUUUACUUGAAGCCAAAGAGUUCACAGAAGCUCUUCAAAUAAUUAAUGAAACGGAAUUAUGUACGAGUAUCUCGCAAACUGGUGUUAGCUUUAUGGAUCACACAAAUUUUAUGCAAGAUGCACCGAAAAAUGUCCAGAGCGCGAUAUUUUAUGUUAAGGGACGAGUACACGAAGCUACUGAUAACAGGUCAGUUGCAGCGGAUUGUUACAAACAAGCUCUACUUUGCGAUGUAUAUUCCUAUCAAGCAUUCGAAGCUUUAGUACAAAAUCAAAUGCUCUCUGCCGCAGAAGAAAAAGAAUUAUUAGAUACUCUGCCUUUCAACGAGCAGUGUUCAGAAGCAGAUCGUGAGCUUCUUAAAAUGUUAUACGAGAGUAAAUUAAAAAAAUAUCAAGCGCCAUUGGAAGAUUUAUCGAUAACUUGUGUUAAAGGUGUUUUGGUAACUGAUAGGCUUCAGGAGAAUUUAGAUAUGCAAGUUGCUAAGGCUGAAAGAUUAUAUUAUAAUUGUGACUAUCAACAAUGUUUUUCAUUAACUGAAGUGAUUUUAAAGAAAGACCCAUAUCACAGUUGUUGCCUACCAGUUCAUAUUGCUUGUUUAGUAGAAUUAAAAAAAACUAAUGCAUUAUUCUACUUAGCUCACAAGCUAGUAGAUUUGUAUCCUGACAUGGCAUUAGCAUGGUUUGCAGUUGGCUGUUAUUAUUUCGCAAUUGGAAAGAGUGAUCAUGCAAGGAGGUACUUAGCUAAAUCAACAGCGUUAGAUCGACUGUUCGGACCAGCCUGGCUGGCGUACGGUCACUCCUUUGCUGUUGAAAAUGAGCAUGAUCAAGCAAUGGCUGCCUAUUUUAAAGCAUCACAAUUAAUGAAAGGCUGUCAUCUUCCUCUACUGUACAUUGGGCUUGAAUGCGGGUUGACUAAUAAUUUAAAACUAGCUGAUAAGUUUUUCCAGCAAGCUCAGAGCAUUGCGCCGAAUGAUCCGUUUGUCAUUCACGAGACUGGAGUUAUUUCUUUUUCUAAUUUAGAUUAUAAGACAGCUGAGCGACAAUUUAAAGAAGCGUUGAGCAAAAUUCAGAUUGGAGGAAAAAAUAUCGUUUUACCUAGCAAAUGGGAACCGCUUCUCAAUAAUUUAGGACACACGUGUAGAAAACUCAAGAAAUAUGAAGAAGCUUUGGAUUAUCAUCAGCAAGCUCUCGUACUAAAUCCUCUUAAUCCAUCAACUUAUUCGGCUAUUGGAUUUAUUCAUGCACUAAUUGGCAAUACCCAGGAAGCUGUUGACGCUUUUCAUAGGGCACUUGGUCUGAGGAGAGAUGAUACUUUUACCACAACUAUGCUAGGAUAUGUUUUAGAACAGUUGAUCGAUGAAACUGGAACUGCAAGCACUCAAGAACAAGAAAUUGAAAAAUUACGUGUUAACUUAUUUUCAUCCUGGGGUGAUGAUAAUACCGGAAAAUCCGAAGAAAAUCCACCUCGUCCAGCAGAACGUCCUAGUGAUGUUAAUUACUCGUCCGGGGAAAUGGACUCCGAGAUUGAGAUGCUGGACUCUUCAACAGCUCACAUUGAAUAUUAA